AUGAGAUUUGUACCCAACUGGAGACAGUUGGCAACGGAUCUUGAUGUCGACGUGAAUGUCAUUAAAAGACUUGGACAGUACAGUGACUACAGUCCUACCAUCCGAUUGUUUGAAUUUCUCGAGGUCACUCAACCGGAUUUAACGAUUAAACAACUAAAAGACGCGCUACUGGAGAUCAGGAGGAACGACUUGUUUAGUUUGCUUUCCACGAAAGGUAUGUAGCCUGUAUGUUAAACAGAGCAUCUUCAACGCGUACAAGAGUAGAAGGAUCUAUUCCGCACUGUAAAAUUAAAAGAGUUGAUUUGGCCCCAAAAAUGGGGCCAAAACGAGUGAGUCCAGUUUGGCACUUGCUUAGGGUCAAUUCGGCCCCAUUGAAAUGGGGCUGUUUUUGGCACCAAUUUUGGGGCUGAAUUGACUCCGUUGUAGGGGCCAAAUUGGACCAUGUGAAGGGUGAAUUUGAAAAAUACAGGGGCCACUUUGAAAUUUAUAGGGGCCAAAACAGCCCCCGAAAUUUCAGCCCUCUCACAAAUGGCCCCUUUAAAAAGAGCCAAUUCAGCUCCAAUGUGGGCCACUUCAGAAGUAGAGGGCUCUUUCCUCUCCAUGCUGAUUUUCCCCUUACAUUCAAAUAAUGAAAAUACACCACAUACUUUAUCUUUCAAACACUCAUUUAUUAGGUUCUAGAUAUUGUUUAUGUAAAAACCUUUUAUGCUACCUGAUUUUACAGUUAUUAAGAAUCUUAAUUGUGGUAUAAAACAGACAAACUUUGAAACAUCAUGUGAAAGAAUAUAACAUACAUACAUAUUUAACAUUAAUUCAACCAUUUUCUAAAAUAGAUCUCUUCCCUAAAUCAAUAUACUUCUUAACAGUGCAAGCAUUGCAAGAAAUUACACCCAAGAGACACUUGUGAGUAAAGCUUCCCUUUUCAAUGACUUAGCAAAUGUGGUAAUGUAAAGCAGCUUAUCAUUAAGACUGAUUUAAAGUACAGAAAAUUAUCAAAAUAAGACAGAGGCAACAAAUGGUCCAGUUCCUGCACAAGAAUAUAGAUCUUGUUUGAUUUGUGCAUAUGAAAAACAAAGAGCCUCAGAGCAGCAAAGAGUAUUCUUCCAGUGGGUGUGAGAAUACAUGCACUCAUAUUGCUACUUUAGAUAUUAUCAAAAUAUAAACUAUCAGCUAGUACUACCACAGGCAUUUGCCAAGUCAUUGAAAAUAGAGGAAACAGUGACAAGAGUCUGCCUGUGCCCAAUUUCAAGCAAUGCUUGCUCUAAAAAAAAAAAAAAAAAUUGCCUUUGACCGAUUGUAAGAAAAUAUAAAUGAGCCAAGUAACCCAAUGAGAGCAUCAAGAAUCUUUUCUUGUGAGAAGUGACAAAUUACACUUCCCUCUGUUACUAUAUUCAGGUGAUUGAUGUAUUGAAGAUCUCCAACAAUUAAAAUUUGUGCUGGACAUAAUCUCUGAUUGCUGAAUCAACAUCAGCUACUCUAUACAAUAAAAACAAGUUUUACAACCACAUUAAAAUCAAGCCAAAGUGCAAAAAGUGCCUGUAGCCAGAAAAAAAAAAAGAAUAUAUAUAUACACACUUAAGUUAAAGAAUUAAAGAGGACGCAUCAAUUCUCUGUGACUGAGUUUUGUGCCUAAGUGCUUGUCAGACAGAAAAGUUCUGUCUGACAUUUUGCAACUUUUUAGUUUAAGGCAAGAGAUUCAUCACCACAAAAUUGUCUCUCUUCACUGCAAACAGAAGAGGUGAAGCAAUAGAUUUUUAGACCAUACCAAUCCAUUCAGUUUCCAAGUCAACUUAGUCUAGUAUCCUGCUAACCAUACAAGGAUACUAUGCAAUAAUUUUUUUUUUGCAAUCCACUGUUGCUCAGAGUACUUUAGGCUGCUAAUGAGAUAUCCCUUCUGGGUAUCCAACUCUACUGAGGCAGAGAACUGUACAAAAAAACAAACAAAUGAGCAAAUUAAUUUGUUGUUGGAGAACAGUAAAUUUUUGCAACUACAAAGUUGCAAAAUAUUUGUAAGCAAACUGUGCAUAGGAAGUAAAAACACACUAAUGGUGAUCAUCAAUGAUGUAUUUUCACCAAACUGUAUAUGUACUUAUCAAGAAAAGAAAUCACCUCUCUAUGCACUUCAGUUUUAGUUCAGUAUUCAUGAAUAAAUAAGGAUUGCUUGUAGACUUAAAAAAAAAAACAAAGAAAAGUUUCUUACCCUCGAUGGUAGUUGGAAUUUUGAAAGCCAUUCAGGAGGAACCUGUAGGUAAAUAUUUGUUUUCAAAAAAAUUAAACUGUCUGAUAACAUCCUAUCAAUUCACUAAUUUUUAAUUUACCAGAUUUAAAAAUUGGGUUUACUUUGUUUUAUGCAUGGUGCAAGUAAAUACAUAUCUAAUAUAUUUCAAUAAAAAUAAAGCAAAUCUCGCCAUUUUUGUAGGUGCAAUCCCGAGAUAGAUUUGUCAUCUUUAACUGAUCAACUGGCACCUUGUGUGUUUUCCUUUAGGAUAUAAUCGAAAGAAAGUAAUCGAUAAUGUACUCUUCACCAUCCUGCUAAGUUUAAUAUACAAGAACUUACUUAGACAGUGCUCAGUUCUGUCGCCUUGUCCGUAAAACAGAGAUCCUUGGGCGAUUUACCCUUUUCUUUCGGUGCCAAUGUCACCUCUAAAUUUUCAUAAUCGCUGAUUUAUCUGAAUCAUCAAUCGACGUUUGAACCGUUAUCUUGAAUCAACAUAAUCGAAACGUUUGAACCGUCUUCCAGAAGCAGAUGAUAACUAUUAUAUACAAAUAAAACUAAAAAGAAAAUGAUUCUGCAAAAGGAAGUUAAGAAAUCCCUGAGUGAAGACAAAAUAUAAAUCAAAAAUUACAAUCAAAUAUUUAAGUGGAUUUAAAAUGCUGAAAGAAGACAUAGAUGCAAACAAAGACAUAAAUAAAAUAUCAGUUCAUCUUUUCAAGAAAAAGAUUAAGAAUUUAGAGUGGGAGAUCCUAAAAUCAGAGAAUCUUGAAAUAAGUUAAAUCCAUCUUGUGCAAAUGCAGUAUUCGAACUGUAACCGUCUCUAUCUCUCACCGCCAAAAUUUGAUCACGUGACUUUAGUUGCGAAACCGCUGAGACUCAACAAGACUCGGUAGAAGAGGCGAACCAUUCAUGCGUCAAAUUCUCUGGUGGGAAAAUUAAUUAUCGUACCGACGAAGAACUCGUGUCAUCUCUAGGUUCAGCGUUCAUUGCAAUCAAUUUCUUGAGCUUUAGACGAUCUUUUAUAAUAGGGAUGUAGUGCCUUGGUACGUCUGCAUCUUGGGCGAUGGCAAGGAGAUCUUGGCCAUCGCAACCAUCUUUUUCUGCAAGAUAAGAUACGAACAAAGAUCAAUGGAGCGGUCAAGUUUGUGAAUGUAAAGUUGCAGUAAAAUACGUUGUUAAGAAAUUUCUUUUGCCUACCUUUCCUUUCUUAAGUCUCAUUCCAUGCGACUGUAGCCAAGAAACAGCCUCUUCAGUGACGAAUUCGCUGCUAUAAUUCAUUAUUGUUUCCGACGCACGUGGUCUAGGUUCGACUAAUGCCAUCACAGGCAGCUCACACUCACGUCUCGAGAAAAAGCCAACGAUUAAUUCGUUGUGUGACUCGGUGUUCAGUUACGAGAGGAACACUUUAUAACGAAUAGUAUAGGGAACGAAAUAUGGUCGAAAAAAGAAAAUUAAUUUUAUAUUUUCUUUUUUUUUUUCAAAAAUUGCACCUCGUUGGGGCCAAAUUGGUCAAUCCUACUUGGCGCUUGGAAGGGCCAAAUUGAGAAAAAGUUCCAAAGUAGAAUUCAUAGGGGCCAAUUCAGAUUUUGGAGGGGUCGAAAUGGUACCUGUCCCGCCCGUUUUGGCUCAAAUAGUCCAAAACGAACCUUGAUGGGCCAAACUGGCCCUCGAGAAAUUGGGGCCAAUUUGGCUCUUUUCAUUUUACAGUGCGGUUUAAAAUUGUUUAUUACAUUUACUAAUUGCAGCAUUUGAAGAAACUCCUUUCAUUAUCAGAUGAUAGCACUAAACUAUAUGGCCACAAAAGCUUUUAAGUGACUCGUUAGCUCUUCUGAAAACAAUUGGUAAGAGAAUAAUAGUUUUGUCUCCCUCACGCGAAAGUAUCUCCAAAAUUUGCUUUUAUAGUUUGCAGCUUGGUUGCUUCCAAAACUAUCUAAACGCCUGUAACUUCUUCGAGUAACAUACCUUUGCAUUGAGGGAUUAUUAAACUGUGAGAUUGAGGUUUUCUUCUAAGUUUCAACCAUUUAGUUUGAAAAGGUUCUUGAAUUUUCCUCGGAUGGGACCGGGUUUGAUCACCGGCAUUACGGUUCUGCCGUCACGAUCAAAGUGACGACAAAUAAUGUGAAAUAGGCGUAAUGCUAAAAAACGAAAUAGUACCAAAACAUGUAACGUAUAUUCCUCUCUCUUAGCUGGGUGCAUUGACUCUGAAAAAGUAAAAGACAUAAUCACGUCACGAAAUAUUCAAGCUCCUUCACUAACAGCUGACCUUUUGGAUGAAAUUGCAUUGGCCCUAGACGUCACCUCUCUGGUAUUGUCAAGCUGGUCCAACUUGGCAAUAAAACUGGGAGUGCCGAGAAAAACUUGUUGGGAGUUUGAACGACGUUCAACAGAUAAUCCAACCCGCAAUCUAUUGCGGUAUUUAGUUAUUACUUGUCCAGAAAUGAAAUUAAAAACUCUGAAGGAUGCCCUGGAUUCCAUCAAAAGGAAGGAUGUACUAAAAAUUCUACAAGAACAGAAUCAAGGAGGUACUUACCGUAAACAUUAAUUUAUCCCAGACAGAGUAAGUUAUGAUCUUUUAGGCUCUAGGAAAUAACCAGCAAAACCUUGGUAACGGUGAAGACUGUCUAGCGUAGCCUUAGGCUUAACCCUCUUAAAGCAUGGACUUUCCUUUGGAUUUCUCUCUGAAAUAUGAAUUGCUACAUAAAUGCAGAUGUAAGUCUUUCCGAUAAGGGAUCAAGCAGUAUUUCCAUGGUUUUCCUAUCAACAACUAGAAAAAUUAUCAGAUAUAACUUGCCUCUUAAUUGUAAUCAAGAUUUUAUUUUGAAACGUAAAUGCCAAGAUCUUAAAAGGUCUUGGCAUUUGCGAAUCGAUGAACUGAAAGAUAACUGAAAUAACAGUGUAAGGUUUUCGAUUUGCCGAUAUUUGUUCCUUUGUAGAUGAUGUAUUUCUGAAGGACGUAAUAGCACAAAAACCGGAACUUGUAGAAACAAUGGCAGAAAACCUUAACCGCGAAGAAGUACCAGGCGUCAAAAACUGGAUCCAUCUCGCCGAUGAUGUGCGUCAGGAAUUGGGUGCGACAGAAAAAAAGCGGAAAAGUCCCACCAAGGAAGUUAUUCAAUGGGUGGCCGUUAACUUACCGGAGAAAACAUUAAGUAACGUCGCAAAUGCUUUGGACAGGAUCCAGCGUAACGAUGCUAUUCAGAUUAUAUCAAUGCAAUUUCCAGACACAGUUGGUAAGUGAUCACUUUGAAAAUGGUUCGUUUUACAAAUAAUGAUAAUCAUUAUAAUAGUAAUUUAGCAGUUGACAUUCCACUCGAUGGCUCUUCCUGUCCAUUAUUUCCUGGUCGAAUUGUAAUUUGGAAUGUUAGUUUUUGUGGAGGGACCCAGAGAAAAAUCCUCAGAGCAAGGACGACAACCAACAAAAAUUUAAUCCCGAAGAUAUGACGCCAGAUCUGGGAUUCUGGGAAACCGGGCCAGAUCCAGGCCACAGCAGUGGGAGCCAAGUGCUAUCACCACUGCGCGAUCCCCGCUCCACUGUUAAUUACACAAAUAAACUAUUAAUUCAAUAGGUCCAAAAACUACUUGCAAUUGCUACUUAUGCCAGUCUACACCACGAUCUUUUGCUUCUUGAAGCGUGAAGAGCUGCUGAGUGCGAUAAGUAUCCUUUUAAUCGUACUUACCAUUAAUGUGCACCCUAAUCGUAGUUUCUGUUUAUCGUUUUUUUCAGAAUCAACUUUGGAGCGACUUCGUUGUUCACCACAAGACAGUUUCAGAAUGCCUGAUCCCACAGGUCAGAAUUUAUCCACCAGCGACAAUUGGAAGGAGAAGAUUUCUCUUCCAAAGGAAGGUAAGAAGAAAACAUUGAUUUUACUGAGUAGGGUGUACGAUCCCAUGAAGUAACACUGAAAUGUCCCAUUGAAAUUGAUAAAGAAAGCAUAAUAUUUAGGAUGAAUAUUGCAGUGUUAGCCAUUGCUUGUAGAGAGAUUUUUCUAAUAGUUGUUAAAAAAAAAAAAAGAAUUACCUGAGCUCUACCGUGCACUAGGCCACAGCUGACUUUGGGCGAGAAAUGCUGUGAAUAAGAGGAUUGAUUUGCUGUACAUCUGGAGCCGUAUAGAUCAGGUUAGAUAGAAAAAAUAUUAUUUUACCUAAGUAUUCCAGUCUUUUAAAACUGUUCUACGUUUAAUUAGUUGCAGACGUUAGGGAACAUUCAGGUCACUGUGGAACAUUACCCGAUCAAAUAGAUUUAGUGGGCCGCAAUGAAACCUGCGAAAGGAUCAUAACUGCCUUGUCUUCGAACAAGGCGGUUGAAAUUGUAGCGCCACCUGGAUAUGGGAAAACCUCUGUGGUAAUAGAAGUCGCCCAUCGGUUGAUCAACAGGGGAAAGCUCAUUGCCUAUGUUAAUUCAAGAGGUGUCACUUGUGUAGAAGACUUGGCAAGCGAUAUCAUCGAAGCUUUAGGUUUCGUUCCCAGCGAAGAUACUAUCACUGAGGCAAUUCGUCGCAUACGUGCCUUAAAAACAAAGUCAAGGGUGCUUCUUAUCGAAAACAUUGACAACUUACUUCACCUCGAGGCUCAAGUUCGCAAGGAUGAAUACCUGCAAGAACUGAACUCCAAAAAUUACUGCACCAAAAUGCGCGGGAAAUUUACAAAGGAUGAAUUCUUGUCAUUUCUAAAAGACAUAGGAAAAUGCCCAACCAUUCAUCUUGUUUUAACAUCUAGAGAAUUCUAUGAUUUCAGUGUGUCUUUCCCUAUUAAGCUGAUUGAUUUAGAGCCUCUGAAAGACAAUGAUUCAGCUACUUUGUUCAAAAAGUGUGACGACAGACUAGACGAAGGCUCGAUCAAUGAGCUGGUCAGAGUCUGUGGCGGCAUUCCUCUUAUUAUCUGUACUGUUCGCUCAAUUCUUAGAAGAGAAAAUCCAGAGAGGUUCACCCAAAGACUUACUUCAUGUUCACCUCAAACUCUUCUUAAAUUACUGAGCCCUGACUUUCAAGCGAGUGAGGAUCGCAUCGAUAGGUGUCUACAGAUCUGUUUUGAUCGCUUUAGUGAAGAGAAUCAGAAGAUAUUUGUAAUGUUCUCAACAUUUCCGAAAGGAUUUACGGAAGAACAAUUUGACGCGUGCUUCAAGUCUUCAAUUGGAGGUGAUCUGCAGACGUUUCCAAUUUGCUUGAAACAAAGCAGCCUCCUAAACUUUGACAGAAAUAACUGUCUUUACUCUCUUCAUCCUUUUAUAAGAGACUUUUUUUCAUCAAUGCCCGAACACAAAGAAGCCAAAUCAGUCUUCUUACGUCACUACAGUAAUUUGAUUGUUUCCCUUUGCAAAACAUUUUUGAGUGCGGAUAAGAAGUCUGCAAUUAAUCGCUACAGAUCUGAAAAGGACAACAUUCGAGAGGCUAUGGCUUGGUGUGGAGAUCAUCCUGAGCUUGACCAAACCGUGAGGGAGCACUGUGUUGCUGCUUUCAACGAUGCCGCCGUAUUUCUCGCAAAGAUGAUGCGAAAACAAGAGUUUGUCUCCAUCUUUUGCAAGUUUGCGUAUCGAUGUCAACGUGACAGGCAUCUAUUAAGCGCUUGCUUGACAAACAUCGGAGUCAAAAUAGUUUUAAGCUGCACAUGCAGACCGUACAUUUGCCCUAGAGCGUUGUAUCAAGCGAAGAGAUUUUUGGCACGUGCUAAGCAAAUCCAUUCAGAGCUUACAAACGUGAAUGAAGCUAUUCGUGCCCACUGCUUGAGUAAGCUUGGAUUCUGUUGUGUUCGAGAGGGACGCUUUGGCGAAGGAUAUGACUAUCUUAACGAGGCCAUAGCGUUAAGAACAAAGAGAGAAAAAAAAUCAGAUGAGACCAAGGACAAAGUCAUGUUAGGAGCGUGUUAUAAUGAUAUCGCAGGUUGGGAAAAAAAGAUACUUUUCUUACUCUCUUCAAAUUUUAUUGUCAUGAAAGGACACUCUCCAGUGAGGAUGCACCACAAUCAGUCAUGUUGGCCUCAUCACAUAUCUCAGUUCUACGCAAGUUAGGUCGGGAUCCCAAAAAAAAAUCCGACAAUGUUGAACCCCUAUUGAAUUUUUCUUCUCAUUCACUUGUGUUUCGUUUCAGCUUCUCAAAUGGUGCAAAGGAAACACAUGUGUGCUAUCCAAACAAGACUCUGCUAUGUGCUUCCUCUAUACGAACAAAAUCUCGGGGAGCAUCCUUUCACGGCAACAACACUCGACUGGAUUGGCAACAGUUACCACGCCUUAGGUGACUACGACAAUGCUGUUAAAUAUAUCGGUAAAUCAGUUGAAAUGCGAAAGCAACUGCUGGGGCACCAUCAGGAAACUGCUAAGUCUAUUCGUGAUUUGGGAGUGGCUUUGAGCGCGAAAGAAGAUUACCCAAGGUGAUAUAAGUAGUAACUAUGCUAUUUAUGCCCAGAUAUCCUAUUAGUCAUUCCCAUAAUCAAUGAUUAUUCUCAGACCUGCUGCCAUCCUUGGGAAAUGGCUUUGUACAAUGCCUACCAUUGAAUGACUGAGAUGCCAACCAAGGCAUAUCGCUAUCUAUAAUUCACACUUUUCAGACGAAGGAUGCCAUUCUCCUCCAUUAGGAUUUGCGUUUUAGAUGGACUGCAGCUCUGCGGAAUACUUAUAUCAAUCUGUUCCCUUACGUCUUUAUCAAUAGCUUUUCCACGAAGCAGACUAAUAUUUAAUGAUGCUCUCUCUUGUAGUGCCCUAAGAUAUCUUAAAGAGGCCAUUGAUUUGCAAGAAGAAGUAUCAGACACACAUCUACAACUAAUUCACACUCACCAAGACAUGGCAAUUGCCCUGCGUGGUCUCGGAAGAAACGGCGAGGCCGAGGACGAAAUGACACGUGCUGCGGAGUGCGCAAAAAAGUUGGAAAAGGAAGAAAAAGAAGAAGAAAAAGACUGGAUGGAUUUCUCAUGAACAGAAAUAAGAUUUUGAAAAGAGGAUCUUCCACACUGUAAGGAAGCAAAACAAUCUAUCGAUUGAUCGAUGGGCUCUCAUGAACACUUAAGCAACGCAGUGACUCAGUCGCUAAGUCUGUCCUUUCUUGGACCUCCAUACGUGUGUAUCAAUCAGUCGAAACUUAGGAAGAACCCCUGUUAGAUUUUUGUUAGGAUGAGUGGAUGUAAUCAGCCAAUUUCAAGUUUUUUUUUUUCAAAAAGGAAGAUCUUUAAUGUUACAUCCUAUUCUACAUCCUGUUAUCGAGCAGAGGUUAAUCUUCAAUAGUAUUGGCAAGUUGACAUUGCCCAAUUCAUACCCGUUCUUAACAUGAAAAACCAAAAACCCAAGGGAAACUAACCAAGAUUAAAGAUCAAAGAUUAUCUUUCUUUUAUCCUCGUUAGUUGAAUAGAGCGAUCAGCUAAAAAUAGUAAAAAGCGCUGAGGAAACAUUUUUAUCGCAUUUUGCUAGAAGAAAUUGUCAAAUAAAUGAUAAAAAUGUGGCCACGAAGAAGCGCUUGGCAGAGGCGAAGUUACGGGUAAAUUGUCCAACAGGUUGUUUUUUUUUUUUGCAUUCAAAGUUUACACAUUGAGAAAGGAUCCCUUACCUCAAGUAGCCAUUAUCCUCAUCAAUAUCAUCAUCAUCAUUAUCAUCAUCAUAGAUAUAAGUUGAUAACAAAUUUCAACGUUAGAAUGUUAUUUAAAUAUACAAAACUCUGAGCUAAAAAUAUGUUCGUUAAAUUUAGUUUACGUUGUUUCAUGUCAUUAUCAAGUGUAAAGGGAAAACGACA